UCCCAUUACAACCCAGGGAUCACAAACACAGCAACUACAGAAGCAUUAUGGCAUUACCUCACCUAUCAGUUUAGCUGCCCCCAAGGAGAUUGACUGCAUGCUUACCCAGAAAUUAAUAGAAACCCUAAAACCUUAUGGUGUGUUUGAAGAAGAAGAAGAACUGCAACGCAGGAUUCUAAUUUUGGGAAAAUUAAAUAACCUGGUAAAGGAAUGGAUACGCGAAAUCAGUGAAAGCAAGAAUCUUCCACAGUCUGUAAUAGAAAAUGUUGGAGGAAAAAUUUUUACUUUUGGAUCCUAUAGAUUAGGGGUUCAUACAAAAGGUGCUGAUAUUGAUGCCCUGUGUGUUGCACCAAGACAUGUUGAAAGAAGUGAUUUUUUCACGUCGUUUUAUGAAAAACUGAAACAACAAGAAGAAGUGAGAGAUCUGAGGGCUGUUGAAGAAGCUUUUGUCCCAGUUAUUAAACUUUGUUUUGAUGGAAUAGAGAUUGAUAUUUUGUUUGCAAGAUUAGCACUGCAAACUAUUCCUGAGGACUUAGACCUACGAGACGAUAGCCUACUUAAAAAUUUAGACAUUAGAUGCAUACGAAGUCUUAAUGGUUGCCGGGUAACCGAUGAAAUUCUGCAUCUAGUACCAAACAUUGACAACUUCAGGUUAACACUGAGAGCUAUCAAACUCUGGGCAAAACGCCACAACAUCUAUUCCAAUAUACUAGGUUUCCUUGGCGGUGUUUCCUGGGCUAUGUUAGUAGCAAGAACCUGCCAGCUUUAUCCAAAUGCAAUAGCAUCAACUCUUGUACAUAAAUUUUUCUUGGUAUUUUCUAAAUGGGAAUGGCCAAAUCCAGUGCUAUUGAAACAGCCAGAAGAAUGCAAUCUUAAUUUGCCUGUAUGGGACCCAAGGGUAAACCCCAGUGAUAGGUACCAUCUUAUGCCUAUAAUUACACCAGCAUACCCACAGCAGAACUCUACCUACAAUGUGUCCGUUUCCACACGGAUGGUCAUGGUUGAGGAAUUUAAACAAGGUCUUGCUAUCACAGAUGAAAUUUUGCUGAGUAAGGCAGAGUGGUCCAAACUUUUUGAAGCUCCAAACUUCUUUCAAAAGUACAAGCAUUAUAUUGUACUUCUAGCAAGCGCACCGACAGAAAAACAGCGACUAGAAUGGGUGGGCUUGGUGGAAUCAAAAAUCCGUAUUCUAGUUGGAAACCUGGAGAAGAAUGAAUUCAUUACACUGGCUCAUGUGAAUCCACAGUCAUUCCCAGCACCCAAGGAAAAUCCUGACAAGGAAGAAUACCGUACAAUGUGGGUCAUCGGGUUGGUGUUUAAGAAGACUGAAAAUUCUGAAAACCUAAGUGUUGAUCUUACCUACGACAUUCAAUCUUUUACAGACACAGUUUAUAGGCAAGCAAUAAACAGCAAGAUGUUUGAGAUGGAUAUGAAGAUUGCUGCAAGGCAUGUGAAGCGUAAGCAACUUCACCAACUGCUACCUAAUCACGUGCUUCAGAAAAAGAAAAAGCAUUCGACAGAGGGAAUCAGGCUGACGGCUCUGAACGACAGCAGCCUAGACUUGUCUAUGGACAGUGAUAACAGCACGUCUGUGCCUUCGCCUACCAGUGCUAUGAAGACGAGUCCAUUGAACAGUUCUGGAAGUUCUCAGGGCAGAAGCAGUCCUGCGCCAGCUGUAACAGCAGCAUCUGUGACCAACAUACAGGCUUCUGAAGUCACUGUGCCACAAAUAAAUUCCAGUGAAAGCUCAGGGGGUACUUCAAACGAAAGCAUUCCUCAAACUGCCACACAACCAGCCAUUUCUCCACCACCAAAGCCUACCAUCUCUAGACUUGUUUCCACAAUGUAUCUUUCAAAUCCAUCACCAAGAACUUCAGGAAAUGUUGCAACAAAAAUGCCUAGCCCUGGCACAGCAGUGAAAAGGACAUCUUCUCCCCAUAAAGAAGUGUCUCCCAAGAAAAUGAAAAUUGAAGAGCUGGAUAAAAUGAGUGAAGAUACUAGCUGUAUAGAUUUGAAUGAGCACGAAAAAAUGGAAACUAAGGAACAACCUGAGACAGAAGUGAAUGUUAAUUCUCAAACAGAAACUCUUCAGACAACUUCUCUGCAAGCUCCUCAGAAAACACCCAGUACAGAUCUUUCAGAUAUCCCUGCUCUCCCUGCAAAUCCUAUUCCUGUUAUCAAGAAUUCAAUAAAAUUGAGAUUGAACCGGUAAAAACAACCUCAGGGGUCCAUAAACAGUAUCUGCCAACUCAACCUGUUGUCUUCUAAUGCUAGGAAAAAAGGAGAACGAAGGGUGCAAGACUAGAACGUAAUUGCAAAUGGAUUUAGGUAUAUUUUGUGCACUUCCCUUUCUGGGCUAAAAUCACCAUUUGAUUGGAAGUCCAGGUUAGUAUGCGAAGCCAGGAGUACAAUUAAUGUGUUAGCAACAGUUGCAUUAUAUAUUGCAAAGGAUUACUGCCUUUAAAAACACAAACACUAUUUGUAGCCAUAUUUGACAUUCUGAUUGAAUUUGUUUGAUGCGUUGUUUCAAAAUUGAGAUAAAACUGGCAUAACAAUCCCUUAAAAAUGCACUUUUAUGUACUUUUUUUAUUGGAGUAUUGACUAAUUUUAGAUAUUCAGCUGAUACACUUCCGUUUUAUUGAAGAAUCUCUUCAAUUGUAGUAAUCUGCAAAUUGGGUAAAGUUGUAUAAUAUACUAUACAUUGAAAAGAAAGUGUAUAGUAUAUCUGGUUCAACUGCCAUCAAGCAGCAGUAAGCCUUUAAAAUAAAAUGUCAAAUCUUGAGAUUAUAAGACAUAAGUUGAGGGAGUAAUUGGGAAGUUUUGGUAUUGGUGGGACAUGAUUCAGAUGUGGUCUACUUUUAUUUAUAGGAUUGUUUUAAGGUGCAUACAGAUGAGCAAUCAAACGGCAAAUAAACUUUGCUUUGAGUUAAUCAAAUUCCUUAUUCCUUUUUUUUAUCCCUUUUAUUUCUUGCGAAAAGCUUUUGCGUUCAGUGUUGGGGGGU